AUCGGUGGGUCGUUUUGGGUCCCGUCCGAGGUUGCCGACGCAUGUGUCUUUACUACAUUGCUAUUGGUGUUGAUAUGACCAUGAAUGAAAUACGGGUUAUGUUCGCUUAGGUGUCGAGUCAGGUUCUUACCAAAGGCUGCAGGGUCCUGUUGGUACGUCGAACAGUUCCAUUCCGGCGUCUGUAUCAAAUCGUGGCUAUAUUUCAAGCAUUGAACAAGAUACCCACAUGGAUGGCAUAGCAAUGCCAGUGGGUGCUCCCAAAAAGGAAAUUGGCAGGCAUCCCAUCGCACCCAAAAUCCUCAGUCUCUUCACCAGUCUUACAGACAAGGAUGCUGAACAACGUGUUAAAGCAGCUUUGCUCCUUGUUCAGCAAGUAGCAUCAUCCGAAGAACAUAAGCAGGACUGUGAUGUGCUGAGCCAGGAUGCCAGUUACUGCCUGCGGCGGCUGGUGCGAGGCCUGUCUUCAUCACGGGCUGGCGCGCGCGAGGGCUUCUUCACGGCGCUGGUGCAGCUGCUGCGCCAGGUGCCGGCCGUCGGUGCCGGCCAGCUGCUAUCAGUGGCAGCUGCGCAGCUGCCGGACGUGCGCGAGGACCGGCAGCGCACCGAGCACCGACUGGGUCGGCUGCUGGCGGCGGGUGCGGCCGUGCGCGCCGGCCGGCUGGACGAGCAGCUGGCUGAGCUGACCUGCCAGCUGCUGUCCGCCUGGACAUACCGCGCCUACAUGCCGCCCAUGGUCGCCAGCUUCGUGGCCGAGCUGGUGCAGAAGGUGCCGGAGGAGCGGUUCCAGUCGGAGGUGUGGCCUGAGCUGAGCGUGCUACUGGCUCGUGGCUGGCACCAGUGCGUGCCCGAGCGGCUCUGGCUGCUGCUCGUCUGUCGCCGCCAGUUCCCCGCCGUCUGCGACACGCCGUUCCUCAAACAGCACUGGGGCUCCAAGAAGCUGCUCUCGCCCAAGAACCACACUGCCAUCGCCGAGAUGAUCAAGGCGUCCGCCGCCACCCUGCCGGCUAUCCACCCGCUGGUGACAUCGCUGGUGGCGUUUGCCGUGGAGCGGCCGGCCGCCGAGCUGGUGGAGCUGCAUCAGCGCGUGCUGGAGCCGCUGUUGGAGGACCGCACCGCCGCCUUGCUCGUCAUGGCCAUGCUGCAGAUGGUGGUGCCCCACCUCACCACGCCCGAGCUGCUGGCGUCGGUGCUGAGCCCAGCCAUGGUGGGCGCGCUGGUACGGCUGCUGCCCAAGCGGGACCAGCGGACGGAGCAGGCAGCUCGCGGCCUCGGCUCGGCGUUGGUCAGCCUGCUGCUGGCGCCCGACAGCGACGCCCAGCUGCAGUUGGCGCUGGUCGGCCGCCUCGUCAGCCCUCCCGGCUCCAUUAACUUCGACCACAUGACUGGCACGAAAAUCCUGGCCCAGAUGAUCAACGGCCUGAAGGCUGAGGCGCUGGAGCCGUUCAGCGAGAUCGCCAUCAGCGCCUUCAACGGCACGCAGGAUGACCGUAACCAGACGCCGCGCGGCCGGGCCGUGGCGUGCGAUAUACUGUGUCGGCUGGUGCAGCACCCGAGCGUGCCCGGCCCCAGCCCGCUGAAGCAGCGCCUGCUGCAGCGGCUCUUCACUGCCGGCGCCACGUGCGACCCGGACGUACCCGAUGAGCUGGCCGCCACCGCGCUGCGCGCCUUCUUCAGGGCGCUGGACCACCCGACGGACGUGUUCGUCAUCCUGCUGGCGCAUCUCAGCCAGCAGCUGUUCGGCGCCGACUGUGACGCCGCUGUGGAGGCUCUGCAGCCCGACUGGAGCGAGGUGGUGGCCGACCUGCUGCUCUCGCUGCUCUCACUCAGCGUGCACCUGCUGCGCAGCGUGGUUCGCGCCGUGUUCGGCCUGCUGGCGCCGGCGCUGUCGCGGCCCGCCGUGCUGCACGUGUUCCAGGUUUCGAUCGAUAUGGACGAUGUGCCCGAGGAGCACUUCGCCAAGAUGGACGAGGCGCUGGCGGCGGCGUUCCGUGCCAUGCGUAAGGACAAGCGCAUGAAGCGAGGCGGCCGCCAGACAGACGAGGAGCAGGCGCUCAUGCACUUCAGGAUCAGGGUGCUGGACCUGGCCGACGUGUACGUGC